UUAAAGUCCCGCUUUAUUGACUCCUGUUAUCUCAUCAAGAAUAUAGAGUUAUCUGCCCUUCGCCUCACUUCCCACCAAAUAUUUAUUUCUGUGCAAAAUGGCAAACUUGUUGGAAGCGAUAAAGUACGAGCGAGGCAGCUUAAAGAUCCUAGAUCAAACCUUGUUGCCAGAAAGUUUCGAUUAUAUAACACUUAAGAAUACAGACGAUGCUUGGCAUGCUAUAAAAGAUAUGAAGGUGCGGGGAGCUCCGGCUAUUGCUAUCACUGGUUGCUUGUCACUGGCCGUUGAGCUCUUCAACUCCAAGACCAGUUUCCAAACCACAGAAAAGCUGUGUGAAUUCAUUGGGAAUCGGCUGAAGUAUUUAGUCAGUGCCAGACCAACAGCUGUGAACAUGAAGGAAGCGGCAUCUCGUCUGUCUUUGUUAGCAGAACAACUGUCAACAUCAGAGAAAACAACCACUGUACAUGAUGUAAUGGACAGGAUCACUGCUGAAAUUGAAGAAAUGUUGGAUAAAGACAUCACUGACAAUAAAAACAUUGGCAGAAUUGGUGCCGAGAAGAUCCUGGCAGACAACAACAAUUGUCCAGUGUCUGUGGUCACACAUUGUAACACAGGUUCUUUGGCCACGGCUGGUUAUGGUACAGCUUUAGGGGUCAUCCGUAGUUUGCAUGAGAAGAUGAUGUUGAAGCAUGUUUACUGCACCGAGACACGUCCCUAUAACCAGGGUUCACGCCUGACAGCCUUCGAGAUAAAACACGAACAAAUGCCUGGCACUUUGGUCUGUGACAGCAUGGUGGCAAUGUUGAUGAAAGAGAAGAAUAUAGCCGCAGUGGUUGUGGGAGCUGACCGGGUUGUCGCCAACGGAGACACGGCUAACAAGAUUGGAACUUAUCAGCUGGCCAUUGUUGCCAAGUACCAUGGGGUUCCGUUCUAUGUAGCGGCACCCAGCACGUCAUGUGACAUGGAACUGAAAUCUGGAACAGAGAUUGUCAUUGAAGAGAGAAAUUCCAAGGAGAUGACAAGCAUCAAAGGGAUUGCUACUGCUCCCAAAGACAUGUCAUGCUGGAAUCCUGCCUUUGAUAUAACCCCUUCUGAACUGAUUACUGGCGGCAUCAUAACAGAAUUUGGACUUUUCAAGCCAUCACAGCUGGAAACUGAACUGGAAUCGGUACUUACAACUCAAAAGAAGAAAAAGCUUAAAGACUAACCAAUUCUUUCAGGUAGUUUGUGUUCGUGGUCCCUGCAAGAUCCCUGACUGUGGAUUUCUGAGUACAGCAGAUUGCGGAAAGUUAAACUUGGUUGUCAUUCAGGUUUUUGUAAACUUCGAAGUGGUUCAUUGCAUGAUGGAAUAUGACUAUUAAUAUAUCCCAGGUAUUAGGGCAACCAGCUGGCAGAAUCAUUAACAUGCCGGACAAAAUGCUUAGCAGCAUAUCAUCUGUUGUUACGUUCUGAGUUCAAAUUCUGCCGGGGCCAACUUUACCUUUCAUCCUUUCAGGGUCGAUAAAGUAAGUACCAGUUGAACAUUAGGGUUGUUAUAGUUGAUUAAUCCCAUCUCCUGAAAUUGCUGGACUCGUGCCAAAUUUUUUGACCAUUUUUAUAAUUAUACUUACUAGCUGGACCCGUGAAAAAUUCAUGGAAAGUGUAUUGGUGCCAUGAGAAAUGUUUGGGGUCGGGCAAAAGUAGAUAUACAGUUGUUUAACCCUUCAGCAUUCAGAUUAUUCUAUCAAAUGUAAUAUUUUUUUUAUUCAUGUUGCUUUGAAUUUAUCCUGAAAUUAUCUUGUAGCUUCAAGAUUUCGGUUAUGUGACCGUAUAUUCUUUAGACGAACAUUGGAGGAUAGGUGUGAGAGACCAAAUCUGGCCAGUUUCAACAUAAAACAAAGUAAAAUGUUUUGGCCGGAUAUGGCUGGUUUCAAUGCUCAAGGGUUAAUAGAGCUGGAAUGUUCUUUUCAUUUUUAGGAUAAGAAUUCUAUGAUCCAUGUUCAGAAAGAAUUAGAAAGAACAUACUUAGAGCAUAAAAUUCAUAGCCCUAAAAAAAAAAGAAAUAGAGAAAUGAAAAGAACAUUCUGUUCAUUAAGCAUCUGUAUACCUACUUUUGCUCACCCCUGUAUAUUGAAUCUGUUAAUCUUUCGUUAUCUCCUUUGACGACCAUAUUUCUGAACUUAAAUACAUCAUCAGUUAAUGUUUGUUUUUCCAUACUGGCAUGGGCUGAAGGGUUUGACAGCGACUGGAGAGCUGCACCAGGCUACAAUUGUCUGUUAUGGCAUGCUUUCUGUGGCUGAUAAAACUGAAAUAACACUGAUCAUUAGAAAAACAUUUUGUUAAACUGAAAGAAUUGUCCACUACCUUGUUGUUGGUAAGGGACCUUAUGUGGUGACCAACUCCCUGUUAGUCUCGCUAGGGACCCCGUCACCAAUGUCAUGACCUAUUGGAGGAGGACUUCACUCUGGUUGAGCCGUGCCUGCUUUGUCCCCAACACUUCUCAAGCCCUAUCUCCUGGGGUUUCCAUCUGAUAAACAGGCACAAGAGAAAACCUGUCUACCAGCGCAGCAAAAAAAAGUGGCCACCUACAUUCGAUUAGGUGCCAUGUUA